CAGAGGCUCUGUUGCUGUUUUCAUCUGCGGCUUAAGCUUCUGACAAGCGUUCAAAAGUUAGAUAUCUAAAUGUUUUCACACGAGUGAAGUGGGUUUUCACUGUCAGAAUGGAAGGUAAAGUCAUCGGACCGGGUCCAUACCGGGCGACAAAGCUGUGGAAUGAAACCAUUAAACUCUUUCGUGGAGGCAUGCCGCUGAGAAGGCACUGGGCACACUUCCGCUACUAUGAUUGCAGUUUCACAGGAACGGAGGCUGUUGAUUACCUGCAUGAGCUACUGAGGCGCAACUACAACUUUGGGCCUGAGGUGACUCGGUACCAGACUCUGCAGCUGCUCAGGAAGUUCCUCAAGGCCCAUGUCAUUGAAGAUAUCAAAGGACGACACGGGACAGAGGACUUUGAAGACAACGGCCAUCUGUACAGGUUCCCCACCCUGUCUCCUCUGAAGUCUUUUCCAACAAGGCCUCUGUUGAAAGACAGAUGUGACCUGCCCAGACUCAUCCGCUGGGAUGACUAUGAAGAAUUGCCUCAGCGGGAAAACGUUGCACCCCUGAAGUCAGCCUUCAUGACUUCAGAUUUGUGGAAUAAAAGGCACAGUGUAGCUAUCGGGGAUGUGCACGAAUGCAAGCUCAUUCGCAGGAAGGAGAUCACUCCCAAACAAGUGGACCACAUCUGGAAAUCAAUGACAAUUGCACAUUUACAGAGAGUGCUGGGCCUAAAGUCACUGGAUGGAGUGUUGAAUCCUACACAUGUGAAUGGCAAGCAUAUCAUUCACAAUGUGUUCAGUGUUAAUAAGGCGGGCAUAGUCGUAUUGGAGAACAAAGCUGAGGACAUGCCUUAUUGGGUAGUAUCGGCAAUGAAAUGCCUCGCCAACUGGCCUAACGGUAAUGAAACCAAACAGCCAGUAUACCAGGGAUUUGAGAGGGAUGUUCUGAGAACAGUAGCAGAUUAUUUUCAGAGACUCAAAGAACCCCUGCUGACAUUCCGUCUAUAUGAAGUCUUUGUCAACAUUCUCAGUCUGCUGCAGGAGGAGGAGGUUGCCACUGAGGCUCUUCAAGUCAGUUGUCUCUUACUGCCACCACCCAACCGAAGACGCCUCCAGCUUUUACUGCGUCUCAUGGCGCGGGUUUGCCAGAAUCCCCACCUGCCUCCACUCAAUGACACCAUUGCUACUCGCACACUGAUGGUGCAGAUGUUCUCUCCCUGCGUCCUGGGCUCAGGAGAUGAGAUGGACUUGGACGAGCUGCUGUCCACCAAACUGGUGACCUUCAUGAUGGAGCGCCACAACACCAUCUUCCAAGCGCCCUCCAAGCUGCGUUGCCAGGUUGAGGAACACCUGUCCCAUCUCAAGAGAGUCCAGAUCAAAUAUGCGGGUUCAGAUACGGACUUCAGCGCAUCUCCAGCUUUUUGCAAGCAGAUCAGCAGGGUGGAGUGUGAGGAGCAGAAGGUGAUAGGUACCCAGACCCCGCUGCAGGAGCUGCUGGAGGGCCUGAUUGCAGACAAAGAACUCCCUGCCAAGGACAAGAGAAAAAGGCUUAAACAGUUCCAGAGGUCAUACCCAGAGGUCUACCACAAUCGAUUUCCCACUGAGGAAAGCAAAGCUGCUGUUAUACCUGAGAAAACCCCUCGGCUCAAACCUCAUCUCAUGUUUUUCAACCUCAAGAAACCCUUUCAGCCUUUUCAGAGAAGCUGGAGUUUUAGGGCAUGAUCUGUCAUGAUCUAUGGCAGAUCUAUGUCCACAGCUAGCAUAUCUACACUUCAGGCUGUAAACACAUCUCAACCUCAGUGUCUUAAGACAAAGAGAAAUGUAGCUGUAAUAGUGCAGUGGCCACAGUUUAGGUACUCCUCGUUAACCACCAAGGUUUGUAUUUAGAAAUAAUGAAUUCAACUUUGUAGCACUGAUAAAGACAUUUAAAGGGUCAUGCAGAUAGUUUGGUUGUAGUUGUAACUAAGCGAACUAAUAACUGCAUACAGUGAAUGGGGAUGGGUGAAGUGACCCUUUAAGGAAUACAUUUCUGCUCACUACUGCCAGAAAACUUGAACAAAAUACAGGAAACAUUCACUAAGAGUAAAAGAACCACUGAUGUUUCUUAAAACAAACUUCUAAUAGUCCUAAAACUAUGGACGUAUGGUACAUUUUUCUACUUCUAAAAUACUGUAUGUUAGAAAGGUCUAAUGUAGGGUGGCUCUGAGAACUCGACACACUGCAGCCUAAGAAAACACAGGCAAACAGACAAAAAUUACAAAAACAUCUUCAGCUAUCUGACAACACAUGCACAGAAUAUAGGAAAAAUGCUAAAAGAAAAUUAGAAAACAGCUGUGUGUGUUUUAGGCAUUUGCAUGUGUUUUCUUAAGCUGCAGUGUGUUGAGCUCUCAGGACGACUGUUCUAAAAAGCAGAAUUUAAAGUAGCUAAUUUGAAUUAAAUGCAUUUCAAAAAUGUUAAUGAAUCAUUAGAUGUUGACAUUAGUUUGUGAAAUAUUAAUGAUCAAAGUGCACCAUGCUCUUAAAAGAUGAAUAUUGAUAUACACUUUUAUAUUGUAGUACUUAAUACUCUACUGCAGGUGCAGUGUUGGUAUUAAUUGGCCUUCAGACAUGUAAUUUCAUGAGCUUGACUCUUGUAGAGCAAAUAUUCAUUUCAUGAUCACUUUUCAAAGUGGAGUGAUCAUUAUGAUGCUGGAUACAUAAAUAUAUGUUUGUGUGCAAAACAGUUACUUAAUGUCAAUGAACAUAUCAAGGGCUUUCCCAGAAACUGAGUGUAUGUGACGUGUUACAUACUUGAGAAGCUUUAAUCGCUUUUUAGCUGAUAAUUGUAUCUGUAACCAUGACAGAAAUCAUAACAAAUGAGGGAAGAUCCAAAAGGCAUGAGUUAAAAUAACUACAUUGUAGUUACGUUUAAUAGCUUUUAUAAUGCUAAUAUCCUCAAAUCUCAGAAGGAAGAAGCAAGUGAUAAUAAUGAUGUGCUGUAAACUGUCACAGCCCUUUCUCUAUAAACCCUCCCUAUACCUUACUUGAUUACUAUAAGUGCACUCUUAACUCAUUUCAUGUUCUUACUUGUCGGUAAUAUUCUGUAUAUAGGAACUAUUUUCUUGAUUGGUACAUAUUUCAAUGUCUCAGAUACUUGUCUUUCACUAUUUUCAGUGUAUUCGUUUUCUGUCAUCUGCUGUUCUGUCACGUCAAUCAGGUUGUUUUUCACUUAAUUUGAGACUUAAAUAGUUUUAUUUUUUAUAAUGAUUUUAUAAUAAUAAUGAGUUUUGUUUGGGUUUUCAUAAAUGCUUUUGAACAAAUUCAACAAUGCUGGAAUAACUGUUACACUUGAAUUGCUGCUCUGUGCUGGAAAAAAAAUCAGCAGGAUAAAAGUGAAUUCAUGUUGAGGCUGAUUUUUCUAUAAAAAGACUAAACUGUAAUUGGCAA